AUGCCUACUGUCCAAGAUCUUCCUCCAAUUGGCGGGUACGAACCAAUCCAAUGGAAGCGUCACUUGCCUUCCAGAGGUUUCAGACCAAAGGUGUGGUUUGGUCUUUUAUUGGGGAUCUGUAGUUACGGUUUCUACAAGACCAUCCAAUCCAUCCAAGAAAGAAGAGAAUUACAAAGAGAAAAAGUCUGGGCCAGAAUUCACUUGAUGCCAUUAUUGCAAGCUGAAACUGACAGAGACCUUGUGAGAAGACAUUACAGUGACAAAGCCAUCGAAUCUAAGAUCAUGGCCAACGUUCCAGGUUGGGAUGUCAAUGAAAACGUUUACAAUGACGGCAGAUUCAGAUCUCCUACAUUCUCUUUUGCUGAUGACAAAUAA